AUGGGGUGCGGCGGAGAAACAACGGCGGCGAUGAGGUGGCCGCGGUGGCGCCGGCGCCACGGCUGGCAGCUGCCCCUCCACCCGCUCCAGCUCGUGGGCGCGGCGGUGUUCGCCGUCCUCGUCGCAGCCUACUACGUCGUCCUCGGGCCCUAUCUCGGUAGCACCGUCGCCGGCACCACCCUCCUCGUGCUCUUCUCCUUCUCGGCCGCCGCCGCCGCGGCUCUCUACGUGCGCUGCACCGCGGUGGACCCGUCCGACCGGACGCACGCCAAGAAGAUGAAGAGGCAGCGCGACCUCGCCAGGUGCGGCGGCGGCCGCGGGCGGACGCUGCCGAGGCUGCGGUACGGCUACAUCCUGUGGCGGUACGCGAUGCGGCUGCUCAAGAGGGUGGAGGUCCGCGUCAUGAACCGCUGGGUGCGGAGGACCUACCUGGAGCAGUGGAACUCCAGCGUCCAGCUCGACCCCAUGCUCCCCUUCGCCUUCACCAAGCUCGACGACAUCGUCUCCCCGCACGCCACCCAGGACCAGGACAUCUCAUUCUGCCCAAUCUGCGACUGCGAGGUGAAAUUGCGCAGCAAGCACUGCAAAACUUGUGAACGGUGUGUUGAUGGAUUUGAUCACCACUGCAGGUGGCUCAACAAUUGCAUCGGGAGAAGGAAUUAUGCUGCAUUUAUUCUGCUAAUGUUCUUUGUCUUGCUGAUGCUUGUUAUCGAGGGGGGAACAGCGGUUGCGAUUUUUGUUCGCUGUUUUGUCGACAGCAAAGGGUUGAAAAUGGAAAUGGAGCACAGGCUUCACAUUAGGCUACCUAAAGGAGCUCAUGCAGCAUUAUCUAUGGCAUUUGUCCUAUUUACGAUGUACAGUACUGCAGCAUUGGGCCAGCUCUUCUUUUUCCAUGUUCUGCUCAUUAGAAAGGGAAUGAGGACUUACGAUUACAUCCUUGCUCUACGAGAAGCUGCACAAGCAUAUGAUCCUUUUGAUGACUCGGAUAUAUCCUCGGAAGAGAGCAUUGACUUUGACUCUCCAGAAAGGCCAUCGUUCAUGUCAAGGAUCUUUUGCAGAAAAGAGGAAGUGAAUGAGAGUUCCCGAAAGCUGUCGAUAAGGAUCGACGAGAAGGAGCCCAAUGAUGCAACAAGGAGGAAGGAUGACAUCCAGAUCAAUCCAUGGACGUUGAUCAAUAUGAGUAAGGAAAAAGCAAUGGCAGCCGCUGAGCGUGCACGUGAGCGGAUCAGGCAGAAGCUGCAAUCCACAACCAUCUCCCCUAUGAAACCAUUACCAUUGGAGACAAAGCGAGGUCCUUUGAAUCCGGAGAGAAGCACGACAGGGAAGGAGAUCGUACCUGUAUUCACAAAGAGCUGGGUGUCAGGGACCUCAGGGUCACCAACAGCAAGGUUGUCCAGCCCAAGAAGGCGGUUUUCAGGGUCAUCGUCACCCAAACCUCAGAGGAGCCGGACCAACUUCAACGUUAGACUGACAGAGGUGUCAAGAGAGCUUGAUACCCACAUCUCGAAGCAGGUCAUGUGCUCUGUUGUCAUGAAAGGCGUCGAGGAUGAAGGUUCUUCGUUGUAA